GUCACAACCUACAAAGUGGCCGUAAACCCAACUCACUCACUCACUCACUCACUCACUCACUCACUCACUCAUGUGGUACAUUCUGUGUUCCAGUGACACAACUGACAGUAACAAUUGGGUGAAUCGCACAGUGGCCGAUGUGCAACACUUCACUCUGCAGCACCUGCAGCCCGUCACAACCUACAAAGUGGCCGUGUACGAGAACGGGAGCGGACACAUCCAUCACCACUCCAACAUUCUCGCGGUCACAACACUGGAAGGAAAGCCGGGAGUCCCCACCCACUACGUGUGCCACAUGUGGAAGGGGGACAGUCUACAGGUGGUGGUGCAGUGGAAGGCUCCCCACCUCCGCCCACAAGCUGUCUACCAGUACCGGCUGCACUACAAGGACACGACCAAGAAUGCGGACAGGAUGGUGAUUAUCCCUACAACAAGGGCAGACACCAAGAGACAGUACUCCUAUGCCCUCACCUCCUCCCAACUGGAGAAACACCAUCACUACACUAUCUGGGUGACUGCUGUGUCUGAUGGCGGAGAAAGCAACCCCACAAACAAAACCAGCAUUACCUUCCAACAUCAGAACUAUAAGCCAGUGCAAGGUCUCAAAUUAACCAACUCAGGCAAAACCAGCCUGACGUUGUCAUGGAAACCAAUCAAAGGCGUCAUCACAUAUGUGGCCACCGCGAGGUACCAAUUGACCCCUGAUGAUGAUGAUGUGGAGACCAAGAAAACAGUGAAGAAUGCCACUGUUACAUUCACACGUCUCUGCCCUGGGACAUCCUACUACUUCAUCGUGCAGCCGAUCUUCAAGGCCGGGCCCGGAGUGCCCUCACAAGCCUUCUACGGGAACACUGAAGGAAAACAGGUCCAAGCACCCCAAAAUGUCAACAUCACCAAGUCUGCCGCCACCCAAGUCCACAUCCAGUUCCCGGAUGCCGAAGCCAAAAAGUCACACAUCGUGUAUUACAUAAAACACAGUGAGAUGGAUGUGCAGGAUUUCCUGCUUCACGCUAUGAGGAAGAAUGUGACAGCACCGGAGACCUUCAUCAGUGGGCUUCAGGCCUGUGAACGCUACUUCUUCAGGGUGGGAGCUGUGCCAGAAGGAUGCCCACUAGGACCAGUUGUGUCCAUCGAGACUGACCCAGAUGACAAGGCUCCCCCGAAGAACUUGAGGUAUUCUUUUGUGCACAAGGAUGGGAGGAUCGCCCUCAACAUCAGCUGGGAAGCACCAUGCUACUACAAGGGCAUGCCACUGUCAUAUCAGAUAGAGAAAAAGAAUUUACACACGCGUAAGACUGAGAUGCUGAUCCUUGGCAAACCAACGACCAGCAUCAGGAACUCCCAUCUGGCCAUCAACCUGAAGCGAGGGGUCAAGUACGAGUUCCGUGUCGCCACAACCACAUCCGGAUCUCAGUAUUCACCUGCUGUCAGAGUAGCCAUACCUGCGUAUGCCCCGCCCAUCAACCUGGAGGCGGUGCACCUGGGCAAUGGACAGGUGGUGGUGAGAUGGAGGGCGCCCGAUAUGGACCGACCACCCAUCACUAACAGCUCUCAAGCCAGGUUCGAGGUGGAUGUCGUACGGAACGAGACUGGCAACGACUUCCACAUGAGCAACUACACCAGCUUGACCCAGUUGAGCUUCACCCUGGAGGUGGGCUUCAUGUACACGUUCAGUGUGAAGUACAACACCCAGAAUGGCUACAUCGGGGAGGUGGCGACAGUCUUGUGUCCAGUGUACAACAUCACUGCCCCGAACUCCCAACCAAGCACUAGUAUCCUGACAACCACCAACCUUGUAGCCAUCCUCGUCCCCAUCGGCGUCAUCGUCCUCAUCCUGUCUACCUUGCUGACAGUUUACAUUGUCCGGCAUCGGCGACUACAACGCAGUUUCCUUGCCUUCGCAAACAGCCAUUAUGACCCACGUUCGGGAACUACAACCUUCACUGCAGCAGAUGAUCUUGGUGACGAUGAGGACACUCCUAUGAUCCAGGGAUUCUCGGACGACGUUCCCCUCGUCAUUGCCUGAACUCUCAUCAUCCAAGCAGCCAUUGCAGGACAGGCUGAAUAAUGACAUCACGCAGUUGAAUUUUUACCACUUCAAGCUGAAGCAGCUGAAUCAUUUCAACUGGGUGAUACAUCGCAUAUCAACCGUACAGUACAACUGUUUCCAACAUUAUACAUUAAUACUCUCGAGGUCAUAGAUCUUUUAAAGCUUGUUGGAGAGUAACGUGAAAGAAUAUUACCAAAGUCUGAUUAACCCGAUUUUUCUGAAUAUUUUGUAAGUAAUGGCUAAAACGAACAACUUGGACCUUCGAAUCUGCUAUAUGUAGAGUUUGGUUAUCACAUGAUUUGUCCAGGACUGUAAGUUGAGUUGGUAAAAAUCAACUUGAUACUAACGUGAUAGUCGUUAAUGGACGUUUCUGUUUGCUCAUUUGAGAUGUGUUUGUAGAAGAAAUAUGUUAUAAAGUCCUCUCCGGAUAUAACUUAUCAGUUAUAUGCAAAGUUCAUCGCAUCAACAAUUCAGGGGUUUUGUGAGGUUUUUCGCUUAUUUGAAUGCGUAAUCUCAAAGCAAUUGAACUUUAAAAUGUGAUACAGAUUUGGGUUGAGACUAUUUGUCGACCAGGAAAUGACUAGCUAAUUUUUGUUUACCCCUAUUUUGUAUAUUUGAAGAUGCGACCUACUGUUUCCUGUUGUCGGGGAUCCCAGCUUGCAACUGUUCCAUGAAAUGUCAAAACUUGUGGAUAUAUAUUCAGUGUUGCAUUACUUGUGUAAAUAAUUCAAUAACACAAUAGUAGUAUGACUCUGUUUCAUAAAUCAGUGACCUUUUUAAUUUUUGUUUUGUAAACUGUCCACAUUGUUAGUGGAACAA